CAAAAGCAUUUCCCUUCAUCCGUCGGCCUUUUGAGAGUCCACCCGACCAGCCGCCGCGCGGCGCGCAGCAGGAGCCCCUCGACGGCGGCCGCCGGUGCUAGGGUUCUUCACCUCCACCUUCAUACCUAAGCACACCUUAGCCUUCUCGCUAAUCUCGUUCCGUCCUCCGGAUACCCACCUUCUCUGCCGAGGCAGCGGAAUCUCCCCCGAUGGAGGCGGCCGCCGUCGCUUCCUCCGGCUGCGGGCUGCGCUGCUCGCUUUACCCCGUCCCGAACCAGCAUAGGAGAGGCGCUCGCCUGGGCUUAGCGGCCAAGAGGCAGCAGCGCUGCGCCGUCGCUUGCGGGCGGUUGCUGCUCCGUCCGAACGCUCGCGUAUACACGGCGGCAUCGGCGUCGGCGUCGGCGGUGAUGGAUAGCGGCGCCGGGGACUCCGGGGUGAGGAGGAAGAGGCUCGCGGUGUUCGUGUCCGGUGGGGGCUCCAACUUCCGGUCGAUCCACGAGGCCGCCCUGGGUGGGAAGGUGAACGGGGAUGUGGUUGCGCUCGUCACCGAUAAGCCAGGCUGCGGUGGCGCCGAGUACGCAAUGUGCAAUGGCAUUCCCGUGGUCGUGUUUACGAAGUUGAAAUCGGCACCGGAGGGGGUCUCCACAGAUGAACUUCUGAAUGUUCUGAGGGAUCUGAAGGUAGACUUCAUUCUACUUGCUGGUUACUUGAAGCUCAUACCUGGCGAGCUAGUUAAGGCAUUUCCCAGAUCCAUGCUGAAUAUACAUCCUUCACUGCUCCCGGCAUUUGGAGGCAAGGGUUAUUAUGGUUUAAAAGUGCAUAAAGCAGUCAUUGCAUCUGGAGCCAGAUACUCAGGACCAACUGUGCACUUUGUGGAUGAGCAGUUUGACACAGGGAAGACCUUAGCCCAAAGAGUUGUGCCUGUGUUAGCCAAUGAUACUCCAGAGCAAUUGGCUGCAAGGGUUCUUCACGAGGAGCACCAAGUUUACGUUGAGGCAGUUGCUGCCUUGUGUGAGGAUCGAAUUGUUUGGCGAGACGAUGGUGUCCCACUUAUCAGAAGUCAGACAAACCCCAAUGCGUAUACCUAAUUCGUGAUCUCUGUCCUGAGAUCUCCUGAAAACUAAUGAAGUUUAUAGUGUCCCCACCAAGUGCCAGUUUUCACCACGACACGUAGUUAACACACACCGUUUGUCUGAUUGAGUGAAAUAACAUGUCUAAUAAUCUGGUCCCAGAAACAUAAUGUGUACCUUGCACUGUGUUUAACUCAUUGUAUGGCUUGGCUUUGAUGAUAAUCUGUGCCUGAAAUAACAUUUCUGAUAAUCUGGUCCCAGAAGCGUAAUGUCUA